GAGACACUCACUCGUGCACGUCUCCAUGUCCGUUCAUUCAGAGCGUGAAAAUAAUUUUAAUUCGUGUGUUUUCUGAUUUUUAAACUGCAGUGUUUAUUAAAAAUGGUCUUUUUGCUCUAAACUGAUAUGCAGAAAGGAGUAAAGAUGAAAUCUGAUCAGACCACAGAUGAUUUUACUCCAGGUGAUGUUGUGUUUGCGAAGAUGAAAGGUUAUCCUUUCUGGCCUGCCAGGAUUGGAGAAGGAAAAGCCCCCAAAAAUAAGAUCCCCAUCUUCUUUUAUGGGACGCACUCAACAACCUUUCUGUUCUCCAAAGACAUCGUCCACUACUGGCCGAACAAGCAGAAAUAUGCCCAGGCCAACAAACGGGGAGGCUUCGAGGAGGGCAUGUGGGAGAUCGAGAAUGACCCGGGUGUGGGUCUCAGAGGUCAAAAGAAAGCAGCGUUAGUGAAACGGCUGUCAGAGAGUCGACUAAAGUGGAAAAACAAGAAGAAGAAAGCAGAGAAUCAGACUGAAGAAAAGAAACCCCCACAAUCCCCAAAAGAUCCAGUGUCGAAGAGCGAGUCAAAAGCAGCGACGCCACAUAAGAGAGAAACAAAGUCUGAAUCUGUCACACCGAAACAUGACAAGAACACCAAAACACGGUCAACACGCUCCAGAGAUUCACCCGCGAAGACCAGCACAGAUAAAAGACGGACAGAUAAAAUUGUGCCUGCCAGAAAAAUGACAUCGGUGAAGACGAUCACAACCGGGUGGAGACGUCUGCCAUCCAGCGUCAUAUUAGCAAGACGGAUGGAUGCAGCAAAGACUCUUUCGGCUCACAGGAAACAUGUGCUUAAUAGGAAGAUCAUCUCCACAGCGAAGAGAAGGAUUGAUGCUAUUAAUCACAAAAAGUCCUCGAGAAUCACACGCUCGACUGGAGAUCUUGCCGAGGCUACUGAUGAUGUCACCGCGAAGCCGCUAGCUCUCAAAGGCAAACGCAAGCAAACCAAUUCUAAUGUGAAGGAAGACGCUCAUAUUUCUUUUCCAGCGACAGACGUCUCUGCCUCUUCCACUCCGACAGGCUCGAAGAGGAGACGCCUCGAAGAACCUGAGAAGAAGAGCGAGGAUGAGGAGAAAGAGCUGAAGACGAAUGAGGCUCAAUCAAAGGAGAAAAAUAAAGUGGAGAAAAAGAUUGAGAAGCAGAAUGAGAUAGAGAAGAGCAAUGCUGACAAGAACAAGAUGGUGGAGAAGAACGAGGCUGAAAAGAGUGAGUCUAAAAAGAGUGAUGCAAAAAAGGAUGAGUCUAAAAAGAAAGAGACAAAAAAUAUAGAGACGGAAAGGAAAGAGGCAAGAAAUAGUGAGGCAAAAAGCAAAGAACCUUGUAAGGACGAUUCUGAAAAGAAAGACGCAAGAAAGGACAAUUCUGAAAAGAAAGAGACAGAAAGGGUAGAGACAAGAAAUAGCGAGUCUGAAAUGAAAGAGGCAAAAAAUAACGAGUCUGAAAAGAGAGAGGCAGGAAAGAGCGAGUCUGAAAUGAAAGAGGCAGAAACGAAAGAGGCAAGAAAGAAUGAGUCCGGAAAGAAAGAGGCAAGAAAGAGUGAGUCUGAAAAGAGAGAGGCAAGAAAGAACGAGUCUGAAAUGAAAGAUGCAAGAAAGAACGAGUCUGAAAAAGAGGCAAGAAGGAACGAGUCUGAAAAGAGAGAGGCAAGAAAGAGCGUGUCUGAAAUUAAUGAGGCAAAAGAUAACGACUCUGAAAAGAGAGAGACAAGAAAGAGCGAGUCUGAAAUGAAAGAUGCAAGAAAGAGCGAGUCUGAAAUGAAACAGGCAAGAAGAACCGAGUCUGAAAUUAAAGAGUCAGAAAAGAGAGAGGCAAGAAAAAGCGAGUCCGAAAGGAAAGGGGCAAGAAAGAAUGAGUCCGAAAAAAAAGAAGCAGAAAGGGUAGAGACAAGAAAGAACGAGUCUGAAAUGAAAGAGGCAAGAAGAACCGAGUCUGAAAAGAGAGAGGCAAGAAAGAGCGUGUCUGAAAUUAAAGAGGCAAAAGAUAACGACUCUGAAAAGAGAGAGGCAAGAAAAAGCGAGUCCGAAAAGAAAGAUGCAGAAAGGAAAGAGGCAAGAAAGAAUGAGUCCGAAAAGAAAGAGGCAAGAAAGAAUGAGUCUGAAAUGAAAGAGGCAAGAAAGAACGAGUUUGAGAACAAAGAGGCAAGAAAGAAUGAGUCUGAAAAGAAAGAGGCUGAAAGUAAAGAGGCAAGAAAGAGUGAGGCAGAAAGGGUAGAGACUAGAAAGAACGAGUCAGAAAAGAAAGAGGCAAGAAAGAGCGAGUCUGAAAAGAAAGAGGCAAGAAGGAAUGAGUCUGAAAAGAAAGAAGCAAGAAGGAACGAUUCUGAAAAGAAAGAGUCAUGGAGCGAGUCUGAAAAGAAAGAGGCGAGAAGGAAUGAGUCUGAAAAGAAAGAGGGAAGAAGGACUGAGUCUGAAAAGAGAGAGACAGGACGGGGCAAGUCCGAAAAGAAAGAGGCUAGAAAGAAUGAGCCUGAAAAGAAAGAGGCAAGAAGAAGCGAGUCUGAAAAGAGAGAGACAAGAAGGAGCGAGUCUGAAAAGAGAGAGACAAGAAGGAGCGAGUCUGAAAAGAGAGAGACAAGAAGGAGCGAGUCUGAAAAGAGAGAGGCAAGAAGGAGCGAGUCUGAAAAGAGAGAGGCAAGAAGGAGCGAGUCCGAAAAGAAAGAGGCUAGAAGGAGCGAGUCUGAAAAAAAAGAGGCUAGAAGGAACGAGUCCGAAAAGAAAGAGGCUAGAAGGAGCGAGUCCGAAAAGAAAGAGGGUAGAAGGAACGAGUCCGAAAAGAAAGAGGCAAGAAGGAGCGAGUCCGAAAAGAAAGAGGGUAGAAGGAACGAGUCCGAAAAGAAAGAGGCAAGAAGGAGCGAGUCCGAAAAGAAAGAGGCAAGAAGGAGCGUGUCUGAAAAGAAAGAGGCUAGAAGGAGCGAGUCUGAAAAGGAGGCUAGGAGCGAGUCUGAAAAGAAAGAGGCUAGACGGAGCGAAUCCGAAAAGGAGGCUAGAAGGAGCGAAUCCGAAAAGAAGGCUAGGAGGAGCGAGUCCGAAAAGAAAGACGCUAGAAGGAGCGAGUCCGAAAAGAAAGACGCUAGAUGGAGCGAGUCCGAAAAGAAAGACUCUAGAAGGAGCGAGUCUAAAAAGAAAGACUCCAGAAGGAGCGAGUCUGAAAAGGAGGCAAGAAGCGAGUCCCAAAAGAAAGAGGCUAGAAGGAGCGAGUCUGAAAAGAGAGAGACAAGAAGGAGCGAGUCUGAACUGAAAGAGGCAAGAAAGAACGACUCUGAAAAAGAGGCAAGAAGCAACGAGUCUGAAAAGAAAGAGGCAAGACAGAACGAGUCUGAAAAAGAGGAAAGAUGGAACGAGUCUGAACUGAAAGAGGCAAGAAGGAACGAGUCUGACAAGAGUGAUGCAGAAAAGGAUGCAGUGGAGAAAAACAAAGCUGAAAAGAGUAAGGUAGAAAUGAAGAAAGAGGCAAAGCUGAUUGAGGCUGAAAAGAACAAGUUGCCGGAGAAGAGGAAAGAGAUUAAUGAGAAGGAACAGAGAGAGACGAUGACUAAACCCAAACAGACGAAGAGUUGCGCUCCUGUAGCCACUGAUGAGACGCAAGAGGAGAAGAAACCCAGAGAUGAAGAGAGGUGUAAGAUCCUGGCAGAAAAGAGGCAGAGUGUGCUGAAGUCUCUGCAGGGUUUGGUCACGUCCACCAGAGGGAAGACUCAGAGCGGCUCUGAGCAAACAGCAGAGUCUGAGGAGCCGCGGAAAGAAAGGAACCACAGGCUGAAGAAACCAGCGGAGGACGAGAAGGACAUGGAGAAGAGGAAAGAACAGGAGAAGAGGAAUACUGAACAGCAGAUUAUUAGCAGUAAAGAAGAAGAGCGCAGAGCUCAAUCUCUAUCAGUCACAGAUUCUCUGCUCUAUCGUCUUCAUGGUGACAUCAGGAUAUCAAUGACGCUAGAAAAUCCGGAUGUCAGUAAGUGUUUAUCGGCGCUGGAUGAGUUGAGCAACGUCCCCGUUUCAUCACGAAACAUCCAGAACCACAGCGAGCUCAUUGACACGCUCCGAAAGAUGCGCUGGUUUCGUGGCAGCGAGGCCAUCAUGUUUAAAGCCUCCAUGCUGUAUCACCGAUUUAAAAACAUCUACCUCAUCGGGGACGCAGACGAGACCCUGAGCCAGGAGUACAUUAACUCUCUCCAGCAGGAGAGAGAAAGAGAAAUAGAGGAGCGGCACAGAGACGCAGUUCUCAAUGAAGAGACCCGAGAGAUGAAACCAGCGCAUCAAACCACUGGACAUGUGCCUCACAGUGCGGACCGAAGCUGACGUGAGGAAGACACCGGACUUCACUUCUUGUUUUUAACUCUUUUUGCGCUAUUAUUCUGGAGUAAGGCAUUUUAUCCAUCAUCUUCGUUUUAUCCGGCCGCUGAGGGUGUUAUUUAUUCACACUGAGAUGAAGAAGAGCGCAGUGUUUUCCUCUCGGAGCUUUAAUGCGAUGACGUCAGUGUUUGUCAUCAUCACACAGGCAGAAACACAGACACGAUACACUAUAAAGCAGUCAUAUUUCUCUGCGUUUAUCCUGUCAGUUCAUUUAAAUAACACUCAUUAAGUGCUGAAGAAUUAAAGGCGUUACUGUUGUCAAUGUUGUUUUUAAGGUCUGAUCGAUGCGAGUGGAACUGACAGGAUAAAGACGAUCAGAUUUAUGCUCUUUCCCUUGUAUCACAGAGCAUUAAAUCGCAUUAAUGGUCAGCAUAUAAAGCUUGGACAGACUUUAAGUGUGUGUUUUACAAUCAUUAUAGAUAAAACACUAUCAUUAAAGUCCAAACUAUUGAUGGCGAAUGUGCCGUUACCACUAAACCGUGUCUGAAAUACAGCGUUCCCUCUAAUAAAGGGGUGUUCUUAUUUUCUCUGUUCUGUUUGUAUGAUCAGGCCCAUGUUAGGCAUUAAAGUGUGUGUGUGUGUGUGUGUAUGUGUGUGCGUACACAGGGCAGCUAAAUCAUCAGUAUAUAGUGUACAGUGAGACUUUCUGAUCUGAACCGGUGCUAAUAACACACACGCUGUCUUUAACCCAGUCACACCUUCAGCCGUAACGCUUUCAGACGCCCCAGGUUUGUAUUAUAAAGCACUUGCAUGUGCUUCUUGUGUUGAUAUGAUGUGAAUUUGAUCUUGAUCAUAAUAAACUGAUCUUCAAACAAAA